AUGGUGAUUCGAUCGACAAGUUUGAGGUCGCAGGCGCCAUCAUCACAGAGCAGACCUGGUUUUGCCAAGACAGAUUCGACAGGCGCAUCUCUCAACUCACCUCGAACACCAACGACCACAAGCUGGCCUUCCCAACACUCGAUCUCAAUGAAACAAACUGCCAAACAGGAUAACAAGCUACCUCCCAUAUCUAUGCUCAAGGAUGGUCAAUGCGCCGGAUCUCAGGGUCAGGUAGAUAUAGGCAGUCUGGCCUCGAUAUUGCAUACUGGACCUAAACUCCGGCAUGCCUCACGCCGCUCUUCGGAGUCCCCAUUAGGAGGCGAUCUAGUCUCGCCUACCUCGACUUGGAUGCAGCCUGUCCCCGAAAAGACAUUUGGCAUCCGUGACAUUCUCAACCCUCUGGAGACUCGACUGUUGGCUUCUGGAUGCAAUGGACCUGUCCAUCCAGCGGCUCGUCCUUCUGACCAUACGGUGUCGAUUCAAACGCCCGGCCCCUUCCUUGGGCCAUUCACAGGAGCUCAAUCACUCCAACCAGGCCAGGCUGCAUCAACUUCUUGUACAGGAACACCUCUUAAGUCAAUGACACCUCUUGGAGCACCUGGCUCGGGACGUAAUCCACCAAUAGAAUCGUUUUCUUUGCCCAUAUCAAGCAACACAAUGCAGGAAGCUAGUCCGGCCCAAUAUGAUCGAGCCACAAAUACUAGCCAUGACCCGUUUCGCGUCUCUGAUAGCAAGCAGACUUCCCUAGCUUUUGUGUUCUGCCAUGGUCAGAAACACUACAAAGGCAUGGAGCGGGAGGGCCCCCUUUUUGGUGUCGAGGGACAGCACGCUUUCAUGACACUUCCCAGUCGUAACGAGUUUAUUUCCGUUCACGUGGACGUUUCACAUGGAUCAAAGAAAGCAGAUGAGAAGAGGCAAAAAAAUGCCCAGGCUUCAACAAGGUAUCGAAGGAAAAGGAAGAUCAUGCUGGAAGAAAACGAUAAACAAUUACAAGAGCUUCGGGAUGGAAUACGAACAUUGGAAAGCAUAAACGACGAACUAACACAGCAACUGGACUUCUACCGUGAAGACUGUAACCGCUUACGAGACAUUGUUGCACAAACCGCAUCAAUGAGUGGCCUUGCUGCUGGCCCUCCAUGUCCCACAAUUUCAAUAAGCAACUUCUAUACAGAGACUGGGCCUGUGGCAAAAGGACCACCCGGGUCUAUAGGAUAUGGCGGUGAAGAAUUAUUGUGCGAAAGCCUAGCCAAGCGCCCUCGGACCCAGUGA